UAUGACAGACUUGUGGACAUAGUAUUGUAGUGUUAGUAUGUCAGAGUUGGUGACAUAGCUUUAUAUUGGUGUGGUGCUGGUCUCAUCGUGACUAUUUCUAUAUAACCACUGGAAUUUACGAAUGUUCUAUAUUUAAUAAAACCACUCGCAGUGGUGAUGUCAGGCGUGACCACGUCUAGAUAUGACCUCGGAUGUUUUUCCUGGAGUGAGUCUGAUCACGAGUACUGUUAUGGCAUGGAGGACAUUCUUAACUUUAUAUGACGAUGAGUUUUGAUUUCGUACCGAGGUUAUCGCGCGGAUAUGAUUAUGAUUAUGGGUAGUGGUAAUACUGUGGUACUAGUGAUUGUUUUAUGACCAGUUGACCAUGGAUGUUUAGUGUGAUCCGGAGAAACCUCUCAGACUUCCGACUUGAAAUUAGCAUGAAAAUAUCUUCGGAAAUGGUUGAGUAGUGGGGAUGCCCUGGAAAUAGAAUAUAGUAAUUGUUUUCGCAAAAGAAGCUGUCCUUACAAAACAAGGCAAAGCAUACCACGUAGUUAUCAUACUCCUAUAUUUCUGUGUGUGUGUUCUUUUAUGCCUGUAAAAUGUUUGAUGAAUUUGUAGAUUUUACCUGUAUGAUAUAAUAUGUAGGUGUAGACGGGCAUCACUAAUAGAUGCAUAAUACACAAACUGUUUUCCACCUGCUUGUAAUCUCUUUUUCCACUGCAAGUAAACUGAGAUCUUGCUAUUGCUCUCUACUAUUACUCUUUAACUUUCGAUAAGUAUAAAGACUUCAAAAUCAAUAUAGAUUUGUUGUUGAUUUAUAUCAAAAUGUCACCAAACAGUUGUUAUUGUUACGUAAUAGUCAGUCAUACAACAACAGUAUCAAGAUAUGUUACACAGCGAAUUGUCGUAAAACCAUUUUCCUUUCCUUGGGGACAGAAAGACCUUGUAAAAAUUCUUAUAUCAAAUCAAAAUUAAAAAGGGACAGCUCUUUGUCACAUCUAAUCACAUGUAAUAAAUUGGUCUUCUUCCCUGUAAUAAAUUGGCCCUCUUUCCUGUAAUAAGCUGGUUCUCUUUCCUGUAAUAAACUGGUUCUCUUCCCUGUAAUAGAUUGGUUCUCUUUUCGUAUGUGAAAUUAAGUCCUGAAGGUUAGGAAGAAGUAUAAAUUGGUAUCCGAAAAACAAAAAUCUCCAAAGUACAGAAAAACAAAUCACAACGCGUGACAGCUAUGUCAAUUGACACAUAUAGCUAAUGGUGUAUGAUAAACUGCUAUACAUUUACUAUCACCGCAACAAGUUCAAAGAAAAUCGACAAGCAUUCAUUCAUUUACAGAAGUUUAAAUGCUUACAAUUUGUAAUUGUAAUGGCAUCUCCAUUUCUGCAAUAAAACCGAUUUAAAUUCAGUUGUGAUCAGAGUGACAGAACAAAUAAUAUAGAUUCAUCAAUUGGGAGUUUAAUUUUUCGGAAAAUGAACUUUUAUCAGAGGAGAUAAAUGUUUAGUUAAAGAAAGUGUAUUAGAAUUUGGCUUUAUUUGAUAUCACACAUGAAAGGGUUCAUUUCAUGCCUUGAACUGAGAUUUCCAUACAGAGAUAAUACAAUUCACGUAACGUAAGCGGGUAGGGUCGGUAAGCAUUCGAUUCGUUAUAUUUUUACAGCUAUCUAUUUAUGUUCGAUGUGGAAACGAUACGAACGAUAAACUGUAUAAAUUCCGGCUUGUGGUACAUUUAAUUUUAUACAAAUUCAUCUGUUUCUGUGACUAAUGGAAGAUUGUAAUCACGAAAAAUAGGGAUCACGGCCAUUCUUAUAACAGUUUAAAUGAAUACGGACGAUUAGAUGAUUUUGAUGAUACUAAUAUCGCGAUUAUCAAACGAUACACACCUCACACUAUUAACAAUUUUAAAUACCCUUUGGUUUUUCAAAAUUAUACUAGAUUUUUUUUAAUGGCACGACCGUGCACAACACACCUAUUUAAUCUCUGUACGGUUUAUGUUUAAUACUACAGCAUCUAGAUUCGCAACUACACUGUACCAAGAAGAAGUGCUGAAAAUGGGAACUGCAACCGUCAUGAUGUGUUUUACAUUGAAAAAGGAGACGUUUGACUCGGAAGAGGCCCAUGCGCUGUAUCAUACCAUACCGGGCAUUUGUUUCCAUGGCAAUGCGGAAUUACAAACGGUGUGUGACUGUGGGGAGAAAGGAGACAAGAUGAUCACGGCGACAUCAGAUGAUGGGAGCCACAUUGUGAUUCAUCUUUAUCAUUUCGCUUACCUCACGGUGGACAUUACAUUUGUAGUGGACGAUGCAAAAUAUUUGAAGCCGCUGUCUGAGCCAUACCACUUAGAGUUCAUAAAAGAACUAGAAAGGUCGGUGUCUGAACAUCUCAAUGAUUUCGUUGAGGACUGUAAAAGUUUAUGCUGUCCAAUCAGAAGAGCCCCUGGUAUCACGUGGACAUAUGGCUACACCGGUGACGAGCGCCUACUUGAGACUGACUACGAGGAAAUACUGUACGAGACACAGAGCAAAUGGCAGAAUAUCAAAAUCGCCAGAUCAAGAGAGUUCGGCAAUGUUCUUCUGCUCGAUGAUGAUAUAAUGCUUGGUGAGAGUGAUUUGAUUUACACAGAAACACUAUUAGGAAUCGGAAAGAACGACUUUAAAAAUAAACACAUACUUAUCCUUGGAGGUGGAGACGGGGGUGUUUUACACGAGUUGUUAAAACAGUCACCGGCUAAUAUCCUCAUGGCGGAAAUAGACGAAGAGGUGGUUAUAGCCUGUGAUAAGUACUUAAAGAAAGUAUGUGGUGAUACUAUGAAGAAGAGGGAGGGGACGAAUUAUAAGAUAAAGAUUUGUGAUUGUGUGCAAGAACUUAAAGACACACUAGAAUCCGGAAGAAAGUAUGAUUACAUCAUCAACGAUUUGACGGAAUUUUCUGUCGACAAAAAUCAGUACGGGUUUUCAUACCAGUUUGAAACAAGUUGUGUGAUUCUAGAACUCUCGAUGAAAGUUUUGCAACCUGGAGGAAAAUAUCUAGCAAGAGGCAAUUGUUUGAGCGCCCGUAAUUACAUUAAAAGGUUUGAGAAGGAUGUGCGGGCUCUUGGUCUCGAGUUCACAAGAACAGAUCUCCAUGUUCCGUCAUUCAAAGAGACAUAUUGCUUGUAUGAAGUACGAAACCAGAUUAACACUGAUGGAUGAUAGGAAGCAGAUUCAAGUGACGGUCCAAAUUAGUGAUAAUACUCAUAAUUAUAUACUUCUAAUGAUUUGGGAAAAAAAUCAUUUGUGUGCAUUUGCGGUGUAAAUGGGAAUAUAGAUUGUUAAUUAGAAUUAUUAAUUCAUUGUUGUUCAGUAAGCUGUUUGCACCCAUUUCCAUCGUUUGGAACAUAUGACCUGAACACUUAGAUAUACAUGUACUAGCUGUAGAUGUGGCAAGUAUGAAUAGUUUUAUCGCAAAUAGAAGUGCAUUAUAUGUAGGUCUGGAGAAAUCCAGAUGUUGUAAUGUUAUAUUCGGAAACAGGAAACGGGUAGAUGCCAUUUGUACCGUGUAUUAUAUACCCCGUACUUUAAAUGACCGGAUAUUGAUUUCCAGUGUUGCAUUCUAGACGUUUCAUGCUUGUCUAUACAAUGGAUCGAGGGCAGAACUGGGAAAACGUGGUCCAGAAAAGAAACAACAUGAGCAAUAUCAUACCAAUAUAUGGAUUUCAUUUUACAAUUUUCUGGAGGACCUAUCCGGUUCUCGAGUUAAACGAAAAGGUUUAUACAACAUCGCAAAAACGUUAGGACUAAAACCACACUGCUACUUUUGUAGAAUUAUUGUAGUUUUAGUGAUAGCGUCAACAUAUAUGAUUUUUGCGACAAUCUGUAUCGCCAUUCCUUGCGAUAAAUUAAAGGUGAGGCUUUCAUAAACCAUAGAAUGCUGUUUGUUUUAAUAAAAGUUAAAUUCGG